AUGCAAGCAACAAGGAUACAAGGAAGGUUAUAUUGCAACAGCAACAAGUAUGCGCCGUCGAAACCGUUCAAACAGACCAAAUCCAAAGAGAACGUGAAGACAAAAAGCAUCUACACGGUUCGCAACAUCGGAAGCAAGCGGAAGUUCAUCCCGGUCGAGCUCAAUGGUGUAGCAGUCAAACUUCAACACGACUCGGCGUCCGAUAUCACCAUAAUCUCAGAAGAAACAUGGAUCAGCAUCGGACAGCCACCCACUCAACCGACGGAAGAAUCUGCAGUUACAGCUUCUGGUGGCAAUCUCAACCUUCUCGCUGAGUUCCAGACCGAGAUCACCAUCAAGAAUGUUACCAAGACUGGUCGCAUUUUCAUCUCAAGCAGCGCUGAACUCAACGUUCUAGGAAUCGAGACUAUGGAUCUGUUCGAUUUGUGGUCUGUGCCGAUAAGCAGCUUGGUCAACGUCGUACACCAACGUUCUGAUCAGUUCACCAAUCAACUCAAGCAACAGUUUCCGGAAGUUUUUCGAAGCACGCUGGGUAGAUGCACAAAAGCGCAAGUGAAGUUGUACCUCAAGCCUGACGCACGUCCUGCAUAUUGCCCGAAACGACCAGUAGCGUACGCUGCACUCGCCAAGGUGGACGCAGAACUUGAGAGGCUCCAGCAAAACGGUAUAAUUUCUCCAGUUCAAUUCUCGGACUGGGCAGCACCAAUAGUCGUCGUACGCAAGUCGGACAAUGUAUCAGUCCGUGUAUGUAGCGAUUAUUCGACGGGGCUGAACAACGCGCUAGAAUGUGACCAUCAUCCACUGCCUCAUCCUGACGACCUCUUUGCGGAACUAGCUGGAGCACGUUACUUCACUCAUCUCGAUUUGUCUGACGCUUAUCUACAGGUCGUGGUCGAGGAGGAAUCGCGAAAGCUACUCACGGUCAACACGCAUCGUGGACUGUUCCAGUAUAACCGACUACCCCCCGGAGUCAAAUCGGCAUCCGGCGCUUUCCAGCGCAUCAUCGACAGCAUGGUGGCCGGCAGCCCAGGAGUCAAGCCGUAUGUGGACGACAUCCGCAUCGCUGGUCGCACCAAGCAGGAACACGAUUGCAGUCUCUACGCUGUUCUCGAGCAGAUCCGACGGUAUUCGGCCAUUUCCAAGAUGCAGUUUCCGAAUGAUGUCCAGCAACUCCGUUCCUACCUCGGUGCUGUCAACUACUAUGGUAGAUUCGUUAAGCAGAUGAAGCAACUCAGGGCUCCUCUGGACAGCCUCCUCAAGAAAGAUGCACGCUGGAACUGGACCAAAGAUUGCCAGAAGUCUUUCGAGCAGCUCAAGGCCAUUCUACUUUCCGACCUGCUGCUUACACGCUACGACCCGUCAAAGGAAACCGUUGUUGCAGCAGAUGCAUCAAAGUACGGCCUUGGCACUGUCAUCAUGCAUCGAUUCCCGACCGGUGAAGUGAAGGCAAUUGCGCACGCCUCGCGCUCACUGACCCCAGCAGAGAUGAACUACGGACAAGUGGAGAAGGAAGCAUUGGCCCUGAUAUUCGCUGUCACCCGUUUCCACAAAAUGCUGUAUGGAUGA